AUGUCUAUUAUCGCAGUUGCCGGUGGAACCGGAAACGUUGGACGAACUAUCGUCGAGGCCAUUGUGGCUACUGGUAAACAUGAUGUUAAAAUCUUGGCCAGAAAGUGUUGCAGUCUCUUUGGUGUAAAGGAGAUGCUGACAGAGGCCAAGGCCAACACCGACUUGGAGAAGGAAGUUGGUGCUUCAAUAAUUGUUGUCGAUUACGCAAAUGUCGAAGCCACCACUAAGGCCCUCGAAGAUAACAACGUGCACACCGUCAUCUCGGCAAUCAACAUGAUGCCUCCGCCGGGACAAGUGCCGCAGGAAAUCGAGCUUAUCCGUGCUGCGGAUGCUUCAAAGACAACCAAGAGAAUUAUUUCUAGUGGCUGGGGUAUCCCCCAUAACGAGAGUCAAAUCAAAGAGUUGGGGUCAGUUCCUAACAAGCUCAAGGCUCGGGCCUUUUUGGAGAACGAAACGAAGGACCUAGAGUAUGCUGUCGUUCACAAUGGUUUCUUCCUCGAUUACUGGGCUCUUCAAGCAGAGAAGUCGAACAUGACACCGUUCACUCUUUUCAUCGACAUUCCCAAUGUCUCUGCAGCCAUUCCCGGAUCAGGAAAUGUCCCUUCGGCGUUCACUCACACGAGAGACGUCGCCAAAUUUGUGGCGGCUGCUCUGGACUUGAAGAAGUGGGACAACGAUCUUUAUAUCGUAGGAGACAAGGUGACUUGGAAUGAGUUCCUGAAGCUUGCUGAAGAUGCCAAGGGCACAAAAUUCAACGUCGCUUACGACAGUGCCGAAAAGCUCAAGGCUGGUCAGACGACAGAGCUUCCGGGACAGAUCCCAGCUUACCCCUUCUUUCCCAAGGAGGCGUAUCAGGCGCUCGCUGGAACAUUUGGAUGGUGGUUUGAGAAUGGCACCUUUGAUAUUCCCCCGUCUGGAAAGAAGACUCUGAACGAGCUCUUCCCAGAGAUCAAGGCAUGGAAGGUGAAGGAGAUCUUUGACAAAGCCUGGAAGAAGGCCUGA